UUCAUUUUCUCAUAUCAAGAGUAUAUCCAGUUCAAAUAGCAAGGUUCUUUAGCCAGGCCCCCAUGAGACUUUAAGCUGUUUUCACAGGUGUAGAAUAAAACACACGUUAUAGAUAGUAUGCAAAUAAAACAAGGCCAAGGGAAUAAUCUAUCAGUUGAUCAGUGUGUUGUUCUGGUGUAUAAUUGACAAAAGGCAGGACAAAAAAGGUUAUAAAAGCAGCAUAAAAGAACUGAAAACCCAUUUACUUUGUCUUUAAAAAAAUGUGGGCGCUUGUGGUUCUCAUAGGUGCUGCAUCUGUUUCUGCUCAUCUGCAGGAUCUUUCCUUUGAUGGACAGAAGGUGUUUCGUGUGAUUCCACAGAAUGAUGAGCAGGUGGAAAUCCUCAAUUCCCUUGCCAGCAUCAUGCAGGUUGACUUUUGGCAGCCAGACUCUGUCACUCUGGUAAGGCCAAAAAUGCAAGUUGAUUUCCGAGUUGGAGCCGAGAAUUCUUUUAUGGUUGAAGAACUUCUGAAGGAAAGUGGAGUGGAAUAUCAAGUUCUGAUUGACAACCUGCAGGCUGCGAUGGACGCCCAGUUUGACAGCAAAGCUCGUGCUUCUGGCCACAGCUAUGAAAAGUACAACGACUGGGACACGAUAGCUGCUUGGACUGCUGAUAUUGCUGCUCAGAACCCAGACCUCGUCUCUCGUAGUGUAAUUGGGGAAACAUACGAAGGACGGCCAAUGUACCUUCUCAAAAUGGGAAAAAGUGGUUCAAAUAAGAAAGCCAUCUUUAUGGAUUGUGGUUUCCAUGCAAGAGAGUGGAUCAGCCCUGCUUUCUGCCAGUGGUUUGUGAAAGAGGCUGUUGAGACCUAUGGUAAGGAUACUGUCAUGACUACACUUCUGGACAAGUUGGACUUCUAUGUUUUGCCUGUUGUUAACAUUGAUGGUUACGUUUACACUUGGACAAAUGACCGCAUGUGGAGAAAGACUCGCUCUAAAAAUGCAAAUAGUGUUUGCUAUGGUACAGAUCCCAACAGGAAUUUUAAUGCUGGCUGGUGCACUACUGGGGCCUCAAAAAGUCCUUGUUCUUCCACUUACUGUGGCUCUGCACCUGAGUCUGAAAAGGAGACCAAGGCUUUGGCUGAUUUUAUUCGUGAACAUCUUUCUACAAUCAAGGCAUACUUGACGAUUCACUCCUAUUCCCAGCUGCUACUGUUUCCUUAUUCAUAUACUUACACACUGCCAUCGGAUUACCAGGAACUGAAUUCCAUUGCUGGAGCUGCAUCCAAACAGCUGGCCAGUUUGUACAAUACUAAAUAUACAUACGGUCCAGGAGCUGAAACAAUCUACCCUGCUGCAGGGGGCUCUGAUGACUGGGCUUACGAUCAAGGUGUCAAGUACUCUUUCACUUUCGAGCUCCGAGACACUGGCAGAUAUGGUUUUCUUCUCCCUGAAUCUCAGAUAAAGCCAACCUGUGAAGAGACUUUACUUGCUGUUAAAUAUAUUGCCAAUUAUGUCCUUGAGCACUUGUAUUAGAAUGGAGUUAUAAAAACUAUUAAAGAAGGCUUUAUUCAAAGAUGCCUUCCUUCUUAUUCUUCCCUAACAAAAUGUUUUUAUUUCUCUUUACUUAAUGUUCUUAGUCAUAUUCUUAGUCCAUCAUAGGUCACUAGAACUAGAAGUUUUUCAAGAGAAAUUGUAGAAAUUCAGGAGAAAUAAACCUUUUAUUAAGGCAACUGGUAUAGUCAGGGCAGUCGUAAAACAAAGAGCACAAGAAGAUUAAUCAUCGUAAGAUAAAGGUUACCUUAUUGAUUAAAAUUAUCUUUACAUAUAGGAGAUGGGCCAAGCAUUAGAGCUUACACAGCCUGAAUGCUGACCAGAAUGAAAACAGCCAGGUGAUCCAUACAAAUGCACUUUGACCCAACCAUUCAUUGCCUUAAUGGCAACAGUAGCAAGAAGUUCAUAUCACAUACUUUCAAAAUGAUGUUAGCUGUGAUGUGCUCUCGUGAAUUUUCUCGAAACUCACCCUGGAUCUGUCCCACCACUGAAAAAUAGCUUGGAUCUGAGGUCCCUACUAGUUUGAUCUGAACUCAGUGAAGAUUAUAAUUAUAGUUAAAGACCAAGACUUGCUAUAAAUCGUUCAAUAAACUACCCUGAAUUUAAGGU